UGUCGUCAAUCGAAGGCACGAGUCCUCACGUGCUCCUCUGUUAUCGAGCAGUGCAUUGUGGGGCACCAAAAUGGCGCUGUACAUGGGAAGUUUUCCCUUCGUGUAGGAGGUUUUUGAACGUCUUUUUUUAUCCGCUUCUUUGUCACAAACAUGGGGCUCGUGGUGUUUGCCCGGUGGGCGUUCACGUGUCUCGGUGUUCACGCGGGAAAACGCGCCGGUCCGCCGUUUACGUCUCUGUCCGCGGCUACAUCCUGUUUACGGGGCAACAACAACAGCAAGAAGUACAGCCAGAGCGCGGUCAACAAUGGCCCGCGGCGGUUCGUGUGCUGCCCGCUCCCACACAGGGCCCUCCUGAAGAUCCAGGGAAACGACACGAGCCCGUUCCUGCAGGGACUCAUCACCAACGACGUGGGGCUGCUGGAGGAACCGGAGCGCGCGGCCAUGUACGCACAUAUGCUGAACGUACAGGGACGGACGCUGUAUGACAUUCUGCUGUACAGGAUGAAAGAAGCUGAAGGACUUUUCCUGGAGUGUGACAGCACCGUUCAGGACUCAGUAUUACGACAUUUGAAAGUGUAUAAGAUACGGAGAAAGGUCAGCAUUAGUUCCUGUCCGGAGCUCUCUGUGUGGGCGGUGCUUCCACUGCCAAACCGUCCCGACCACGACGCCGGUCCACCUGAACUCUCCGCCCCUGAAAAAGCUCUGGUAUGGGCGGCUGAUCCACGGACUUCUCAGAUGGGUUGGAGGCUGGUGUUACACGGGGAGACCGACCCCUUGGAUGUCAUUGCAUCUUGUGAAAGAGGGGACCCAGAGGAGUACCAGAAACAUCGCUAUGAAAUAGGACUUCCUGAGGGAGUGAAAGACCUUCCUCCCGGAGUGGCAUUACCUCUGGAGUCAAACAUCGUCUUCAUGCAGGGUAUCAGCUUCAGCAAAGGCUGCUACAUCGGCCAAGAGCUCACAGCCAGAACACAUCACACCGGUGUGGUGCGGAAGCGCCUCAUGCCAGUGCGGCUGUCAUCUCCGCCUAAAGACCUUCAGGAGGGAACGCUCCUGCAGACGCAGGGGGGGAAGGCAGCUGGGAAGCACCGCGCAGGGGUUGGAGAACUGGGUCUGAGCCUAAUCCGCACAGCUCACGCCAAAGAGACGCUGAUGCUCAAAUGUUCGGACGACACCACAGUGACGCUUGAGGCCUCAGUGCCAGACUGGUGGCCCAAAGAUGUGAAAGUCAUUUGAGGAGGAGGAUGUUUUGCUUCUUGAAAUGUGACGUCCAUCACAUGUGACAGAUUCCUCAUUGACCGAAUCCUAAGGUUACUUUAUUUUAUCCGCACCAGAACAGAUUUGUCUUUUGUUGUUUGCAUUAUUUAUCAAAGAGAUUUGCAGUUUCUGAGUUUCAGGCCAAACUUUAAUGUGAUUUUUUUUUUUUCGUUAUUUAAUAAACUAAUAGUAACAGAAAA